AUUUUUUUUCAAUUUCUUUCUUCCCCCUAAUAAUACACUUUUAAUAUUACACUUCCAUCCCCCUAGCAUCCUUCCUUCCAUUCCAUUGUUUCGGACUGCUUACCAUUAUUAUUCCUUUAUUUAUUCCAUCCUUCCAUUUUCGCCUUCCUCUGUUUCUUCUUCUUUUACGUCGUCAUCAAUCGCCGUCGCAUUCGCCUCGCCUAUCUAUUCAUCUAUCUAUCUUGUUUGGUACGAUUAUUAGGUCAUCGCCACGCCAUCUAAACGACGACACCUUCAUCACCACAGCCGUCGCAAUCGCCACCAUGAUUGGCGCCUCAGAGCCCUCCGCGACCUCGAGGCUGUCUGCCUAUCUCUCCAGAUUAAACCCUGUGCCAGCUUUCCCCGAAUACACCGGACCAUACAAGGUCGGCACCCUCGACGUCGAGAUUCCAGUCGACGAUCUGCCUUCUCCGUCUCCGCGACCCGACAAUGCCAGCGACAUCCCGACGGUGCUGUUUCGAGUCUUCUAUCCUGCAGUCGCUGGAUCCAACGAGAAGCUCAUCAGCUGGCUACCCGCACCGCAAAGACACUAUGUCUCUGCUUACACCAAGUUCAUGGGUGUUGGACACACUCUAGCCGAGCUCCUCUCAUUUCUGCCUCGACAUCUUCACUACACCUCCAUUCCCGCUCACAAAAACGCCACUUUGGAAUCCGCCAGUACCGACGACAACCGAUGGCCAACCAUGAUCUUCUCCCAUGGCCUAGGAGGUAGCCGAAACUCGUAUUCAUACAUUGCCGGAUCGCUUGCUUCUCACGGAAUCGUCGUCAUCUGCCCCGAGCACCGAGAUGGAAGCGCCGUUACCUCGUUUGUUCGUGUUCCUGGCCAGAACGGCCGCUUGGCCCGAAAGGUCGUCCCGUACAACCGAAUAUCCCAUGAGGUCACACCCGAGGUGUACGAGGCGAGAGAAGCGCAGCUUAGGAUUAGACUUUGGGAGAUGGGCCUGGUUCACGAAGCGGUUCUCGCCAUGGAUGCCGGCCGAGAGUUUACCAACCUCAAUCUCACCACCCCGAGUCUCAGCCAGUUCGUCGGCCGCCUAAAUGUCAACGACCCCGGCAGCAUCAUCUUUGCGGGCCACAGCUUCGGCUCCACCACCAUGUACCAGUUUCUCAAGAGCACUUACUACGCCGAUGUUGCAGAGGUCGCAGCCAUGGAGGCGCCGUUGUUCAGACCCGCCAAGGACAGCAGCAUUCGGAAGCAGGUGACGGAGAAGAACGCCACUAUGCUCCUGGAUAUGUGGUGUCUCCCUCUGCUGGCCCCCAACUCGACUCCUCUGUUCAACUUACCGCUUCCCGUAUACGCCGAUGUCCCCUCAGCACCGGGAGGAACUGCGCUACUGGCUGUUGAAUCGGAAGCCUUUUUCAAGUGGCCUGAGCAUCUUCAUGUCACGGCACGGUUAUUGUCUCCCGAUCCUACGGCCAAGGUUGUCACCCCGGCCAUCUAUGAGCGGCCUAGUGGUAACAAGCUUCCGGAGCCCAAUUUCUUUUACGUCGGAAGCUCAGCUCAUCUGAGUCAGUCUGAUUUUGGCAUUCUAUUCCCACUCUUGACGAGGAAGAUCUUCAACGCCGUGGAGCCCGAGCGUGCACUUCGCCUGAACCUGCGUGCGCAACUGCAGUUUUUCCGAGCAAACAACAUUCCUGUCGCGCGGACUUGGAUUGGAGAUCUCAUCGACGGUUCCCACAUGGACAAGCUGGACUUGGCAAAGAAGGACGGCUCUAGCUCUGAUGUGGCUGUCGAUGGGCUCAACGACGACAAGGCCAUUUUCGAUAGAAGCGGACACGAUGUUAUUGAUCACUGGAACUGGAUCGACACCAUUGGCCUAGGUGAGCCAGAUGAGCAAAAGAACGGCCAAUCGACGACGGAGCAGAUUGAGCAGAGCGAAGAGCAAAUGAAGGGCGAGUUGGAGCCCAGCGAACAACCCGCUCAGCCAGCCGCUAUGAAAGGCGUCACUCUGCCCCAGGGCCACGGCUGGCAGGAGAUUUAAUCUCAUGGUUGCUCAACGCCACUUGCCGACAUGAUGAUACCCGAUACCAUUGAUGAUACCCGAUACCAAAGGCACAUCUCGUGCGGUUUGGCCGCUUGAGGGCCAGUUUGUGAAGAAAGUGUACCAACACAUGCAAAUAUUUUGGUUUGUAUUUUUUUUUUCUUAGCUGUCUUUUUAUCUUCCCCCUUUUUUUUCUCUUUUCGUCUUUUGCUCUUUUUCUCUUUGGCCCGAUGUAUCUUAUAAGUGCGGCUGCUUGGAGUUUGGUAGACAUGUCUCUUUUUCGAGCGCUGAUUUACAACUGGAUGGAUAAUGACCGAGCGAACCUUUGCGGGCAACAAAUGCCCUGACAUAUACAUAGACCGAUACAUAGAUAUAGCAUAUCUAAAGCAUUUCAUUUUCUUUC